AUGGGCCCUGGGAAAAUUAAUUCUGUUCUGUUAAAAAGAAGAGAUGACGACAGUGAAGCUACCACAGCAAGACGAUAUGCAGAGCAUUUAAUGACACCUCUUUUAGAUGGGAUGACUAACAUGAUUGGCACAUACCCAGGAACAAAGUGUAGAAAAUGUUGUGAUAUGAGACACCCAGUGUCUGGGGAUUAUGGAGAUACUUCAUUUGGUCUGCAAGGUGGAUGGCAUGGGAAUGUUGACAUACUUGUCACAUGCAAGAAUGAAGAAUUACUACCUGUCUUUAUUGGAGAGUCAAUCGACGAUGAAAUUUUAGAAACUGAUGAAAACAUUGUGGACAAUUCUUUAGAUCAGAUUAUGGCAGAAGCAACUGUUUUCUCAUUUUUUCAGCGUAAACAGAAUUCCGGAAGAUUAAAACAUAAUUUGAUUCCUAGCAUCGGAAUUAUCAGUGGAAAGUUAGUUGUCUUCAUGUAUGACUGCGAAAAUGAUGUUCUACUUGGAUCAAGUGUAAUGCCCCUUUUGAAUCAAGGUGGUGUCGCUGUCAGCAGUGUUAUUUUUCUCUGGUUCGUUCUGAACUACAAGCUGUUCGGUACAGGACUGAUUGCUGAGCUUAAAAGAUACCAGGCAAAUGUACACAGACUACUAGGGGAUGAAAAGCUUGAGGAAUACAAAACUAAAGUUUCUAUGCCUUUUAACAACACAUUUUGUCAAGAUAUAUCAUAUGAUCCAACAAGUUUUUUCCAUGAAGAUCCAAAAAGGAAAUUAAAUAGCUACCCUGAAGAUCAAUAUCCAGUGAAGAAACUGUUGAAGAAGCAAUGACAGUAGCAAUGAAUUUUUAACAUCAACUGCUGAAAAAUCAGAUAAGUUUGUGAGGAAAUGAACAAUUCAGACUACUGGUCAAUGUGAAAUUUUCACAAAUUUAACGCAUCUUUCUGCUUAUGCCCAAAAGGUGGCAUAUGUCUGCGGUUUGAUUUCUUUUUAUGGACAGAUUUUAAAAGAAUUUUGUGUUGCAUGUGAAGACAAUAAGCCCCAUGUUAUUAUACUUGAAAGGAUUUUUUCCUUAAAGUGUUUUUUUCUGUUGUAUACUGACAUUAAUUUUCUAUAUAGAUUUUAAAGCAACAUAGUAACAAGUUGUUGCGGACAAAAAUCAAGUAUCAACAAGUAUGAUAAUUAUAAUUAUUUCAUAAAAGUAAAUACAUUGAUGAUCACGUCUGGUCAACAUUUCCGCCAAUCCGAGAUGCAUUUUUGUAUUGACAUAAUGUAUGUUGUGCAUACCAGGUGUCAAUGCAAGAGCAAGGACUCCAAACUCAAAGGUCACACUUGUACGUCCAAAUUCUUGUUCAUAUAAGUGCAUUCAUGGACGAUUGUAUCCAGGUUGAUAUUUCUAGAAUCCUAGAAUAAGAUGGUUUUAAAAAUUAAUUAAAUUUAAUUUGAUUAAAUUACUUGAUACAAAUAUGUUAGAUAUGAUGGUGACACAUAGUAGCUCAACGGUUAGUGUCACACUUAUAAUGUCCUUUGUGGUCUAGGGAAACAUUCAAAUGCUUCAUGUGGUGCUGUUUUUAACCAGGUUUUCAACGAAAACCGGGUUAUUGUAAUGCCGAAGUCGGCAGGCGGACGUCAACUUUUGGUUGCUGCUCAAUAACUUGAGUUUGCUUUGGCCUAUUGACACCAAACUUGGUGUGUAGGCAGCAUAUUGCAACCU